AUGGAAGCCGAUCAAGCUGCUCGCUGGCUGGAACUGGAGGAAAAACUGGCCAAGAUAAGGCAGCAGAUCAGUUCAAAACUGGAAAACCAGAAACAUGUGGCUAUCAUUUUAUCUGCAGUGGAAGAGAACAUCGAAAGUUCACAGGAUCAAAACAUUUCUAGCAACAUAGUCAAGUAUCUGAUUGCAUUGAUGUCACUUUUGGACCAGGUGAUCGUGCGCGAGACCGGUGAAAUCGGUAACCUACAGUUGGCUACUUCGUCGUGUUACCUUCUCGAUUUGAUUUUCCAUUACGCUCCCAAAACGCUGUUGAGAUCUAAAUUUGCAGAGAUUCUGACCAAGAUAGCACCUUUCAUAACGGACGAAAACGCAGAGGCACCUUUGAUAAGAUCCGCCAUCGGCUGUUUGGAAGCGCUGCUGAUAGCCCAGGACGCGCAAGCGUGGAACAACACACAGGAUUUGAGUAUCACGCCGAAUAGAGGUUUGCAAGGGUUGUUGCAGUUAUCCCUGGAUCCCAGACCGAAAGUGAGGAAGAGGGCGGUCGAAGGUGUUAGCGCUAUUUUGAGUAAUCCACCAGCAGCCCCCACAGCUGGGCAUGUUGCCGCCGUGCCAGUUACUAUCUUCGCCGUAAAUAGUCUACAAAAAGCGUUGGACACAGCGGCGAAUACUUCCAGUAAGAAGCUUAAAGCGCAGGGGGCCGCCAGUGAAACGAAUAAUGAUAUUAUCAGAGCUCUAAGGCUUAUCAAUGCCGUUGUGUCAACUGGCCAAUGGCCUAGCCAGCAGAUUGAGGUUCUGUGUGAUUUGCUGCUCGCGGUGACGAAAAGUUCCGACCAGUAUCUAGUUAAGGCGGCUUUCGAAUGCUUUGAAAACCUUUUCAAGAUCAUCUCGGAACUAAGUUCUGACUCGACUCUCGCUGAAAGCAAAUCUUUGAAACUGCUGGAUGUCAUCUUUUCUUUGACCCCAUCAAGUAGUGAUGCCAACCUCGUGGGAUCGUGGAUAGCAGUUCUGGUAAAAGGUUUAUCGGCUUACGCGAUGCACCAGCCUCUGAAAUGUUUGUCCAAGAUUCCUGACGUCUUCAAGCUGAUGUCACAAUAUCUCGCCAGCGAGACACCAGAGGUGUAUCAUAGCGCAUCCCAAUGUCUCGUGGCUACGGUCGCGGAUGCCGUGAAGGACGAACUACUGCUGUAUCCACCAGCAAUGGAUGAAAAUACUUUUGAGGCGGUCGAUCAAGUCCUGUCGGACCUCUCCGAAAUCUUCGUCGAAUUAUUAUCCGUUAGGUACAUUCAUUGUGCCAAAGAAGUGCUGAAUGUCUUGAGAACCGCCAUUACAAAAUUUAGAUACAGGUCAUAUCCUGAACUCAUUGCACCACUGGAAAUUGUGGGAGGUUGGAGAACUAGCGAGGAAGAAUUUUUAGAAUUGCGUUCUGAAGCUGAGGCAGUGAUCGCUGCCGCCAUUACUUCCAUUGGGCCAAAGAAAGUUUUAUCCAGCUUGCCUCUGAACUUAGUAGAGCCAUCCGACAGCAAACCAGGGAGGGCAUGGCUCUUGCCCUUAAUCAGAGAUAAUACUAGAAAUACCGAGCUUGCCGUUUUUAUUGAGGAACUGGUACCGUUGAUUGAGAUCUAUCAAGCCAAGUGUGAACAAUUACCAAAGGAGUCCGUGCAACUGAAAAUCUUUCAGACUGUUCUCGACCAAAUAUGGUCGACCCUACCUCACUUUUGCGAGUUGCCUGUUGACUUAGAGAAAGCUUUCACCGAUAAAUUCGCCGCUGAUCUCUCCUCGCUGCUGUAUCAGAAAGUCGAAUUGAGAACCACGAUCUGUCACUCUUUCAAAAACUUAGUGGAAACUAACCUAGCAUAUAUCAAUGGUGUCUACGCUGACGACAUACUAUUGCAGCAGCAUUUCCCCGUGGGUAAAGCCACGGAAGGCUUGGAGUUUUUGAAAGGCAAGACUGCCAACCUAUUGGCAGUUCUCUUCAAUGUUUAUACUCAAACGGCUGCUAAUGCAAGAGGUUACAUACUUGAAACGAUCGAAUCGUAUCUCAAGAUUGCUUCAGCAGAAGACCUUAGGAAGAUGUUCGACAAUGUUUGUGCUUUACUAAAAAAGGCCAUGGACGAGGAGACCGGAAGACCAUCGAAAGGACAGCCCCAACUUAGCGCAACUCUCUUGGACAUAGUGGUUUGCAUGUCCAAGUAUUUACCCGUUUCCGCGUAUCCUGCUCUAUUCUCACUGUUUGGAGCCACCGUAAGCUCAAAAGAUGCCUUGACUCAAAAGAGGGCUUACAGGAUUAUCACGAGGUUAGCAGAACCGCAAGCUGGUGCAGAGGCCUUAGCUGGCUACAUCAGUGACGUGGAGAAAGUCAUGUUGGUAAAUUCUGGGACUGUGCAAACAUCGUCCAAGUCCGCCAGGCUGGCCGCUAUUAGAACAGUUGUCGAUAUUUUGCCUUCAAAUCAUUUGGACUUCAUUGUGCAAGUCAUCGCUGAAGUCAUUUUAGCUACAAAGGAUGUCAACGAAAAAUCAAGGGAAUUAAGCUUCGAAACGUUGAUAGCCAUGGGGAAGAAGAUGAAUGAUCCAAAUGGAGUGAUCUCAUUAUCCAAGGUUCCCGGAUAUAAUCCAGAGACUCCCGAUCAGCCAUCAAGCAUUUCAGAGUUCUUUAAGAUCAUUGCUGCCGGUUUGAUUGGUGAAUCGCAACAUAUGGUUAGUAGCACAAUCACGGCAUUUGCUUGCCUCAUCUUUGAAUACAAGGAUCAGGUAGACCAUUCAGUCCUCUUGGACAUCUACGACACUAUUGAACUCUAUUUGACGUCUAAUUCGAGAGAAAUUGCCAAGAGUGCCAUUGGUUUCGCCAAGGUAUGCGUUCUUGGUCUUCCAGAUGAGCUGAUGAGAGAAAAGGUUCCAGCUUUGAUAGUCAAGCUGUUGCGUUGGUCACACGAACAUACAGGUCACUUCAAAGCCAAAGUGAAGCACAUAAUCGAAAGACUGAUUAGAAAGUACGGGUACGAAUUUAUCGAAGCCAACUUCCCUGCUGAUGACCUGAGGUUAUUGGCUAACAUCAGGAAAACAAAGAAUAGAAGUAAAAGAAAGGAAGAAGAAAGCGAAGGCGCCGCCGUAUCUACUACUUCUAAUAAGGGCUCUCGUUUUAUGAACGCCUUUGAUGAAGCAAUUUACGAAAUGUCAGAGGAAGAGGAAGAGGGAGAAGAUGAAGAAGAUGAAACUCGUAACGGACGAAGAUCUCAGGCCAAGCAGUUUAUCGUGGAAUCGAAUGACAAUCCGCUAGAUCUGUUGGAUUCACAAACUUUAGCUCAUAUAUCUUCGACGCGCCCUAAGAAGUUCACAAAUGAUCAGAAGAAGAAACUGCUGCAAGACGACAUGUUCAAUUUCGAUUCGGAGGGCAGGUUAAUUAUGAAAAACGAUCGUAAGGUGUCUGGCGACGAUGAAGACCCCUUGAAAUCAGUUACCAGCGGUAUCAAUGCCUACCUGGACGCUGUGAAGCAAGGACCUAUCAGAGGUCAAAAGAAUAGAUUGAAAUUUAAAAAAGGAGCAAGAGCAGGAGCAGCGUUGAAUGACGAUGAGGAUGAUGGAGUUAAAGACAUUCCUAAAAGGGCUGCCACCAAUAAGAAUAAAAUUAAUAAGAGCGGCAAAAAAGGACCGAAGUACAAAUCGAAAAGGAAACUAUAG